AUGUCUGCCGAAAAAAGACCGGCUUCUGAUGAGCCUGGCGCGGGCCAGAUGAUCGUGAAGCGUCAGAAUGUGGGAUCGUCAACAGGAGCGCUGGCUCGACUCAAUGCCUCGGGAAAGAGCAGCGCAUUGGUUCAGACCGCACCGGUCAUGGAACUCUCCGGCCACUCGGGUGAGAUCUUUGCCGCCAAAUUUGACCCUACGGGCAACUUCAUCGCUUCCGGAUCGAUGGAUAGGAGUAUCUUGUUGUGGCGGACGUAUGGCGACUGCGAAAACUACGGCAUUCUCACUGGCCAUCGCGGCGCUGUUCUUGAUCUGCAGUGGUCAAGAGACUCCAAAAUUGUGUACUCGGCUUCAGCCGACACACACCUAGCAAGCUGGGAUCUCGAGAACGGCACUAGGAUACGAAGGUACAUUGGCCAUGACGAAAUUGUCAACACGAUGGAUAUCAGCAAACGAGGCGAGGGUAUGCUGGUGAGCGGUAGCGACGACGGCACGAUAGGACUAUGGGACCCAAGAUCGAAGCACGCGGUGGAUCACAUUGAGACCGAGUUCCCCAUCACUGCCGUUGCCAUGUCGGAGGCUGGAAACGAAGUCUACUCGGGUGGCAUCGACAACGACAUCAAGGUUUGGGACCUGCGCAAGAAGUCGGUCGUGUACUCUAUGCUCGGACACCAGGACACGGUCACCUCACUCCGAGUAUCACCGGAUUCCCAAUCGCUACUGUCGUUCUCCAUGGACUCUACGGUGAGAACAUGGGAUAUUCGUCCGUUCGCCCCGACGGACAGGCACAUCAGAACAUUUGACGGUGCUUCGGUGGGCCUCGAGAAGAACCUCAUUCGAGCCAGCUGGGACUCUGACGGCAAGAAGGUGGCUGUUGGUUCGGGUGAUGGCACUGCCACCAUUUGGUCUAGUGAGACUGGCAAGCUCAUGUAUAAGCUUCCUGGACACAAGGGGACUGUGAACUGUGUUGAGUUUGCGCCCGGCACGGAACCCAUUGGUGAGUCUUCUGAUUCAUGUAUCACUGUGACGAUGCUGAGCUAA